AAAAAACACACACAAUGGAUAAUAGGGGUUAUAAAAAAUGUAGUGUUUUUUCUACUAAGGUAGGUGGGGAUGGUUCACCUUCCUGCUUCCCCUGUCAGUAUCUUCUUUAAUUCUCAGUCACCAGUCACAAGAGAAAGCUCAUAUAAUCAUACUACAAAUACCCAAUCAACCCUAACUCAAAAUCUCCAAUCUUUGAACACUUCCCCCCAUGUUAGAUUCAACCAUCAUGUCUAAAUCCAUCCACGACACUUCUUUCUCAUUCUCCAGAAGAUUCCAUUGGAAAAUCAAGAAACUCGAAGAUGAAAUAACAUCAUCUGCACAAGAAGAACAAGAAGAACAAGAUCAUGAUCAACAAAUCCUCACUUUCAACAUCCCAAUCCAACCACUCGAUCCAUCUCCUUCAAUUCCAACUCCAACCCACAACAAAAAGAAUUUCAAACAUCUCCGAUCAGCCCUCGCCGUAUUCACCGGCAAGAACCGCUCUCACCACCACAACCAUCAUCCCAACAACAACAUUAUCGGCACUUUAUUCGGCUCCCGGCGUGGACAUGUCCACUUGUCGUUCCAAAUAGAUUCAAAGGCAAAUCCUCUAUUCCUCGUUGAACUUCCUAUGCCGACGAGCUAUCUUGUGAAGGAAAUGGCAUCUGGGCUUGUCAGGAUUGCGCUUGAAUGCGAUAAGAAGGCGCAGAAGAAGUCUUAUUUCAAGCUAUUAGAUGAACCGAUUUGGAGGACUUAUUGUAAUGGGAAGAAAUGUGGGUAUGCUAUGAGGAAAGAUUGUGGGGAGAAUGAAUGGAAGGUUUUGGAGGCGGUGGGACCGGUGACUAUGGGUGCCGGAGUUUUGCCGGCGAUUGGGGAAUCGGAAAUUGGUGAGGCUAUGUAUAUGAGAGCUAGUUUUGAAAGGGUUGGUGGGUUAAAGGAUUCGGAAUCAUUCUAUAUGAUGAACCCAGAUGGACAUGGCGGACCUGAACUUAGUAUUUACUUACUCAGGGUUUGAUGAGUUUUUCAAACGGGUCAUAGUUUUCCUUCUUUUACAUUUCUGACCCACCCACCCACCCGCCCGUAUCCAUCUGUAUUAUUAUGUUAAACUUGGUCAAUUUUUAAGUUUCUUUUGUUGUUAAUGACCACUCAUACAAAAC